CGCCGCUAAAAUGUUUGGUGUUAACCGCCGUUGUCGUUAAUUUUGGACAGCGUAGGCUUUCCACAAUAAAUUGCAUUUUAUUUAUACGAAUUUGUGAGGGAAUUUGUUAUAAAAAUAUAAAAAAAAGAUAUGGUGAUGUGGGCGAGUGUUCGUAAAUUAGGUGUUGUAGCUGUAGGCACUGGUGCCGGUUUGGGCGCCUAUUUCUAUCAGCGUGCAAAAGAGCCUAAUAACAUGGUGCAUGCUUCAUGGACUAAUAGCGACAAACCGGUUAAUCCUUGCGCAUUGUGGGAUACCAAUUGGGAUUGUCGCAGUCCUAAGAGUCUGGUGAAGCCAAUGAAAAAUGAUACACCUCAGGAACAAAAUCGUUACAACAGUGAAUUGGAGAAGUCUUGCCCAAAAGCGGCCCGACACAUUAUACUCAUUCGACAUGGUGAAUAUCUCGAUGCAGGCGAUAGUGAUGAAACACACCGUCUCACAGAAAGAGGACGUCUACAGGCUAAAUAUACUGGAAAAAGACUUGAUGAAUUAGGUAUUAAAUGGAACAAAGUAAUAGUUUCAACAAUGACCAGAGCUCAAGAAACUGCCGAGAUUAUUUUGAAAGAGAUUAAUUUUAAUCCGAAAGAUGUAAAACACUGCCCUUAUAUACGGGAAGGUGCCCCCAUUCCGCCACAACCGCCAGUAGGCCACUGGAGACCAGAAGAAUCUUUUUUCCGAGAUGGAGCACGUAUUGAAGCCGGCUUUAGACGUUAUUUCCAUCGAGCUGAUCCUAGUGAAAAGAAUGACACCUACACACUAAUUGUGGGCCAUGGAAAUGUUAUACGUUAUUUUGUUUGUCGUGCUUUGCAAUUUCCUCCAGAAGCCUGGUUGAGAAUUAAUAUCAAUCAUGCUUCCAUUACCUGGUUGACUAUACAACCAUCUGGUAAUGUUUCCAUAAAAUAUUUAGGUGAUACCGGUUUUAUACCAGCUCAGUAUUUAACUCAUCGCAUACCGCGUGAAGCUAAAAAUGUAGUAUAACAAGUCCUUUAUCCACUCAUUAUUUAACAAUGGAAAACUUAAAGAUUUAUUAUAUUUCGAAUUUUUUUUUCUAAAAAAUGUUAAACACAGUUUCCUAAACACAGUUUAAAAGAAAAUUAUUGUUCAUUUUAAUUAGAUUAGAAGUAAUACAAAUGUACUUAAAGUAAAGAAAUUUAAAUGAAGUUAUAAAGACAAAUUGUAUAAUUAAUAAAGAGAUUAAGUUAUUUUCAAAA